ACACUUGUAAAGAUAGUUGAAAUUUUAUUGAUACACGAAUUAGCCGCUUUUCCAUUAGAUUACAAGUAUAUCAUUGUCAUCUUCGAUUGGAAUAUUUCUUUUAGCUUUUGCUGAGCGGAUGGUCACUAGUAUUUAACAAUGUUUAGACACAUUUUUCUUUCUAGAGCCACGUCUACUAAGGCAAGAUGUUUCGGUACACAGGCUGUAACAUAUGCAAAGCCACGUACGGCUAUCGUUAUGCUUAACAUGGGAGGACCUCAAAACACGGACCAAGUUCACGACUAUUUACAUAGGAUUAUGACCGACAGAGAUAUGAUCCAAUUGCCAGUACAAAGUAAGCUCGGUCCAUGGAUCGCUAAGCGUCGCACACCGGAAGUGCAGAAAAAAUACUCCGAAAUUGGUGGGGGUUCACCUAUCCUGAAAUGGACAAACCUGCAGGGAGAAUUACUGUGCAAGCAACUGGAUAAGCUAUCACCGGAAACCGCCCCGCAUAAACAUUACGUCGCCUUUCGCUACGUAACUCCACUAACGGAGGAAGCUUUACAACGAGUUGAGCAGGACCAACCGGACCGAGUAGUGCUGUUUUCUCAGUACCCUCAAUAUAGCUGCGCUACAUCAGGAUCAAGUUUCAAUGCUAUUUUUACACAUUACAAAACAAAUAAGAAUGGCCUCUCAAAUUCCAAGUGGAGUAUCAUAGAUCGUUGGGGAACCCACCCGUUAUUAGCGCAAACAUUUGCCGAUAACAUUCGUCAGGAGCUAGCGAAAUUUCCCGAAGAAAAGCGAAAAGACGUUAUUCUGCUCUUUUCGGCACAUUCACUACCGCUGAAGGCGGUCAACCGUGGGGAUUCAUAUCCUUCGGAAAUAGGAUCUACGGUUCAGAAUGUUAUGGAAGCCUUAAAUUACUGCAAUCCGUACUGCUUGGUGUGGCAGUCAAAAGUUGGUCCCCUGCCAUGGUUAGAACCCUUUACGGAGGAUGCCAUCAAAGGCUAUGUGAAACAGGGCAAGAAAAAUUUUAUUCUAGUGCCGAUUGCUUUCGUAAACGAACACAUCGAAACGCUACACGAGCUUGACAUUGAGUACUGCCAAGAACUAGCCCACGAGGUUGGUGCUGAGAAGAUUGGUCGAGCGGCCGCUCCAAACGAUCAUCCGUUGUUUAUCGAUGCGCUGGCCGACGUAGUUCACACUCAUUUACGAAACGGACUUAAGGUAAAUCCUAAGUUUUUACUGCGCUGUCCUGCUUGUGUAAACGGCAAGUGCUCUACAAGUAAGCAGUGGUUCCGGGAGUUGUGUAACUAGGACAACGGUACUUUAUCUGGUGAAGGAUAGCAUGAUUCCUUAUGUAUUUUCCGUGAUAUAUAUUUCAUAGA